CGAGAACAUCUGAGCAAGAAGAACCAAUCUUCAAUUUCUGACAAUUACUAACGCACGUUAUAAAUAUUCCGGCGGAAAGUAUGUUGCUUUUUUCAUCCAGCCAUAGAACUCCGUACUCCAUGUAGUAAAGAUUCAACCCCACACCAGCCCAGCUCCUUGUAAGACAAACCACCGCCUUCUGUCGCAAAAAAACAAAAACAAGCUUCUUGUGUAGCCUCGUUUGUCUAAAGAAGAUCGUGUCAUCCUUCAAGCUGACAGGAGAUAGCCGUGUGGUUCAAAAUUGGCUUAAUCAUGGAAUCCUUCCUGCUGCGCCUGCGUGGGCUGGAAUGAGGCUCUCAGGAUAUGCAUGCAGAUUAAGGAGGAAGCAAUUUCCACAUAUAUAUCAGGCUUUCCCCUCAAAUCUGUUUUUCUUGCAUCAGCACUAGGAACUGCUAUCCAAUUCGUUCUUUAUACAUUGUUUGCUGGCUAUUUCUCCUUCGAAUUACAGUUGACUUUUCAUCGCUCUCAAAAUGCACACUUAUAGCACCCUUUUCCUUGCGGCUGUUAUUGCCAUUCGUGGCUGCGCUUCUUUGGAUAUCCCAGCAAAUGUCAAGUCAUUCCGUGAUGGUUUGAAAACAGGGACAUGUAAAAAGCCACUUGCCACAGGGUUUUACGCUCACGAUGAUGGGCCGAACAGUACUAAAUCCCCUAUUCAAUCUUUUGCGUCACAUACUUACAGAUACAGCCUUCUCAUACUGCGGAGAUCAUGUUGACGAUUUCAAGAUCGUCUACCUUCAAGGGGCUGGCGGUGCUUUGGCAGACAUGGAUAUUGACUGUGACGGCAUUCAAAAGGGACCAGGUGACGAUGGACGUUGCGGUUCUUCGAGUGAUACCCAGUCCCAGACAUCAUUCCAGGAUGUGGUUCAAGGUUAUGGACAGGAUGUUAAGGAUUUGAAUGCAUUUGUUCAUCCUUACGUUGUGUUUGGAAAUGUUGGUACCAGGGCGGGAUACAAGAACUACAAUCCCCGAAAUAACGACAUUAACCCACUCAGUCUCAUGGCUGUGGUUUGUGGUAAUAAGAUGGUAUGAUGAAAUUCAAUUUUACAGUACUCAAUCUGAAUACUAACAGAAUUUCUAGUUCUACGGCAUCUGGGGCGACGAAAACGGAGACGACGGACCCAAAGCCGUCAUUGGCGAAUCCUCAAUCUCCAUGGCAACUCUCUGCUUCGGAACCUCCGUAAAUGGGAACUCAGGCCACGACGAAACCGAUGUCCUCUACAUCGCCUUCACAGGAAAAGACGCCGUCCCAGGCUCGAAGGCUAAAUGGAACGCAGCAAACGUCAAUGAAUUCUCGGCCAGCAUCAAGGCUCUUGGUGACACCCUUGUCCAGAGAAUUGGAGGUGGAUCUGCUCCUGGUACACCGACUACUUUGGUUACUUCAUCGACUCCUACUGCUACUGCUGGUCCGCCAGCUGCUACUUGUGAGUGGACUGGACAUUGUGCCGGUAAGUUCCCGUUCUUUUCUUUUUAUACCCAGAGGAAAUAAUAAUGUUUUGCUAAUUAUGAUAGGUGCCACUUGCCAAACUGCGGAUGAUUGUGAUGGAGAACUCGUCUGCAAAUCCGGAAAGUGCGCUUCUGGUUCAACCGCUCCUCCUUGUGAGUGGAUCGGACAUUGUGCAGGUAAGUGCUGGUUAUGCAUGAUAUGAGAAUGUUUUGCUGAUUGUGAUAGGUGCUACUUGUCAAUCUGGCGAUGAUUGUGAUGGAGAAUUGGUUUGCAGAUCCGGAAAGUGUGCUGUCUAAGAUUUUUCUACUUAUUCUUUGGAAAGAUCGCGAUAUCUAAGUAUCUUUUGCGUGCAGUCAUUUUGAAUUUGGCAAGUUGUACCAAACCAUGUAGACGAGACUCUUAAGCGACACUCGUUCGAACGAUAAAGUCUACAGAUG